GUGGGCACAUGCCGCAACAAGACCUGUGCGACGUCAACAGAGACGCAAGUUCAAACGGUCGGAGAGUCGCGAUCCUUGAUCGUGUCACGUUACGAGUCACGUGCGAACAUCGUCGUCAUAGAUCGCAUUUUCGUGACAAAUGCUUACUAAGAAAACAACAUAUCGAGCGACGCACAUAGUCUUUUAACGAACAUUCGAGAAAGAACACCUUUGUAAACGGCGUUGUAAAUUAUCACUGGAAAAGAAAACAUUGAAUAACAUUGAAUUUCAACGAUCUCGCUAGGAAUUUACCUGAGAGAAGAGCUUUUUCAGUGUAUGGGACACGUUGUCUAACAUAAAUACAUGAAACAGGUAUUUGUUUUAUCAAUGAGACCGGAUCUGUCAUGUCUUACACUGAACUGGAACAUGGUUACCAAGGUCUCAGGAAUGCAAGCAGACCAAUGUUCUAUAUAGGAGAUAUAAAUACAGUGCAGCCAUCUGUUAUUCCUUCAAUCUAUCGGUCGUCGAAAAGACCUGAAUUAUCAGAAGGCAACCAAGAUGAUGCUUACAUGGGCGGGAGUGAUGUGGAAGGAGAAGGAAAGCAAGUUCUGGUUGGAAUAUGUGCAAUGGCAAAGAAGUCGCAGAGUAAACCGAUGAAAGAGAUUUUGACAAGGCUCGAGGAAUUUGAAUAUAUAAAAAUUGUCGUUUUUCCAGAAGAAGUGAUUUUAAAGGAACCUGUAGAAAAUUGGCCUGUAGUUGACUGUUUAAUAAGUUUUCAUAGUAAAGGUUUCCCUCUUGAUAAGGCUAUAAAUUAUGCAAAUUUACGUAAACCGUUUAUCAUCAAUCAUCUGCCAAUGCAGUACGAUAUCCAGGACCGAAGGAGAGUUUAUGCUAUAUUGGAGAGCGAAGGUAUCGAAAUUCCACGGUAUGCUGUUCUCGACAGAGAUUCACCAGAUCCGAAACAGCACGAAUUGGUGGAGUCAGAGGAUCAUGUGGAGGUAAACGGUAUUACUUUUAACAAACCAUUUGUGGAAAAACCAGUAUCCGCUGAAGAUCAUAAUAUUUAUAUUUACUAUCCUACUUCUGCUGGAGGAGGAAGUCAGAGAUUAUUUAGAAAGAUAGGUAGUCGUAGUAGCGUAUAUUCUCCAGAAUCUCGCGUUCGCAAGAGUGGUUCUUAUAUCUAUGAAGAUUUUAUGCCUACCGAUGGCACCGACGUUAAAGUCUAUACCGUGGGACCUGAUUACGCUCAUGCCGAGGCGAGGAAGAGCCCUGCUCUCGAUGGCAAAGUUGAGAGAGAUUCGGAGGGCAAAGAAAUUCGUUAUCCGGUGAUAUUAAACAAUGCUGAGAAAUUAAUUAGUAGGAAGGUAUGUUUGGCCUUCAAACAAACAGUAUGCGGUUUCGAUUUAUUAAGAGCAAACGGCCAGUCAUUUGUGUGCGAUGUGAAUGGAUUUAGUUUUGUAAAGAACUCGAACAAGUAUUACGAUGACUGUGCCAAGAUUUUGGGAAAUAUGAUACUUAGGGAACUGGCUCCCACGUUGCAUAUUCCGUGGAGCGUUCCAUUUCAAUUAGACGAUCCUCCUAUCGUGCCAACUACGUUUGGUAAAAUGAUGGAAUUACGCUGUGUUGUAGCAGUUAUUAGACACGGUGAUAGAACCCCAAAACAGAAGAUGAAAGUAGAAGUGCGUCAUCCUAAAUUUUUUGAGAUAUUUGCAAAGUACGAUGGUUAUAAGCACGGUCAUGUCAAACUAAAGCGCCCUAAGCAGCUACAAGAGAUUCUCGAUACAGCGCGUAGUCUAUUAGCGGAAAUACAACAUCGUGCGGCGGGUCCCGAGUUGGAAGAAAAACAAGGGAAAUUGGAGCAACUUAAAAGUGUCUUAGAAAUGUACGGACAUUUCUCUGGCAUAAAUCGCAAAGUCCAAUUAAAGUAUCAACCGCGAGGACGGCCGCGGGGAAGUUCUUCCGACGACGAUCGAUUAGGAGAACCAUCUCUCGUUUUGAUAUUGAAGUGGGGCGGAGAACUGACGCCGGCUGGACGUAUUCAGGCGGAAGAAUUAGGACGCAUAUUCCGCUGCAUGUACCCCGGUGGUCAAGAGGAAGAAUCAGAGAUGUUACCAAAUCACGGUGAAUAUGCAGGUGCGCAAGGAUUGGGUUUGUUACGCUUACACUCCACGUUUCGCCACGACUUGAAGAUCUAUGCUAGCGAUGAGGGACGCGUUCAAAUGACUGCGGCGGCUUUUGCGAAGGGAUUACUUGCACUGGAGGGAGAGCUGACUCCUAUUUUAGUGCAGAUGGUGAAAAGCGCGAAUACUAAUGGUCUUCUGGAUAACGACUGCGAUAGUAGCAAAUAUCAAAAUAUGGUAAAAACGCGCUUGCACGAGCUGCUACAACAGGAUAGAGAAUUUACACGGGAGGAUCGAGAACAGAUCAAUCCGGGAAAUGCGCUCAGCAUCAAUGCCGCUUUAGAUUUUGUCAAAAAUCCGGUCCGAUGUUGCCAACACGUUCACACUCUCAUUCAAAAACUCCUAGACAUCGUGCGAAUCAAAAAGGAAGAUCCAAAGACAAAGGAUACAAUACUCUAUCAUGGUGAAACAUGGGAACUGAUGGGACGUCGCUGGGGAAAGAUAGAAAAAGAUUUUUGCACGAAAAACAAACGUUUCGACAUAUCUAAAAUUCCUGAUAUUUACGAUUGUAUAAAAUACGAUCUACAACACAAUAAUCAUACAUUGCAAUUCGAACACGCUGAAGAAUUGUAUACGUACGCUAAAUCUCUAGCGGAUAUAGUAAUCCCUCAGGAAUACGGUUUAACGGUACAAGAGAAAAUGACUAUUGGUCAAGGUAUAUGUACGCCUUUAUUGAAAAAAAUACGGGCUGAUCUACAACGAAAUAUCGAGGAAUCUGAGGAGACUGUAAAUAGACUUAAUCCUAGAUAUUCCCAUGGUGUCUCGAGUCCAGGACGCCAUGUACGUACGAGACUGUAUUUCACAAGUGAGAGCCAUGUACAUUCCUUGCUAACCGUGUUGCGUUAUGGUGAUUUACUCGAUGUGGUGAAAGACGAACAAUGGCGACGUGCGAUGGAAUACGUCAGUAUGGUUUCCGAGUUGAACUACAUGUCACAAAUUGUUGUAAUGUUGUACGAGGAUCCGACCAAAGAUCCAUGCAGUGAGGAACGUUUUCAUGUCGAAUUGCAUUUCAGUCCUGGUGUUAAUUGUUGCGUGCAGAAAAAUCUGCCACCUGGUCCUGGAUUUAGACCACACUCACGCAAUGAGAGCAGUCAUAAUGUGGGGGAGAGUGGUGGUUCUGGUCAAGAUACUAGUUCACAAUGUAGCACUCGGAUAGAGGAGGAAGAUGCGGAAUUGGGUAUUAUCGAAGACGAUUUAAUAAAUCCCAUAGCGCAAGCAGAUACACCCCCACCAUUAAUGGAAACAGACACUAUGGACUCUAUGCUAGACAGUCCGACGACCAGUCGUGGGAUCGAUAUGAUGGAUUUAGAUCCGAAUAUGAUGGACGAACCGUAUGAUAGCGGAUUUUUGCAGGGUUCGGCACCGAUUCCGAUCAGCGCUAGAACUGUGGCCGGCCACGAAGCUGCUAGACUUGGCAGUCAAUUGGCAGCAAGUCAGCGACAACGCCGAAGCAAGGAAGCAGGGAACAUUGUGGAACCACGUGCGCGAAGCUACGAUCAUCAACGGCAAGAAAAGCCCGAAAAAGCUGCGGACAAGCUGCAGUAUCAGAGCUUGGACGCGGUCAACAAAGAAGCCGCGGGGCCAACUCCGGAGGAAUCUCGCGACGAGGAAUGCACGUGGAAACCGAUGACGUUGCUGCAGUCGCAUAGCUCGCCGGAGCUACCGGUUUCGCCGGACGAGAGCUUCGCUUCUUCGUGCUCGCUUCGCAAUGCUCGCAACGAUAGGCAACUAUCCGCCAACCCUUGCUCGUUGCCCGAUCCGUCAUUCACGCCCGCCAGCAACCUGCCGGAGCGGCGGACUGUCACCGGGUAUCGUGGCCGCGGCAGAAAGUAUGAACGAUCGCGCUCUGAAGUGACCUUGCUCUCAUCCGUCGAACUCUGCGACACACGAUCGCGGAUCAUUCAACCUGAUCCUACCUGCACAGCAAGGCGCCACCGUCACAGUAUCUCCGGACAGAUGAGUUAUUUCAAGCUGCUGGGCUACAAUGUCAGCAAGAAGCUCACUGGCUCAGCCAACAGUCUCUUCAGUACCGCCGUAAUAAGCGGUUCCUCGAGCGCUCCGAAUCUGAAAGACAUGGUACCACCUCAUGCGUCUGCGGUUGCUGCGAUAGAAGGUUUUGGCGGGGUGCCUCCCAUCAGACCUUUGGAAACUCUACAUAACGCGUUGUCGCUACGUCAACUAGAUUGCUUUUUGGAGAUGAUGACCACGGCGCCGUUGUAUAGGACUCCGGCCUCGUCGCCGCCUAAGUCGUCGCCGGCCGGAUCGACGCACGAAUCGCUUAAUCCACCUCUCGUCCAUGCCGGGAUUAGUCGCGAGUACCACUCUUCCGACACGGAAGCUGUCAGGUACCGUAAGAAAUUACAUAAAACAUGCCCGUAUAUUAUGCCGACACCGAUACAGUAUAAGCCUCUUGGUGAAGCAGAAACGUGUGAUACUAGGAAUCUACCAUCACCUACCAGCCCGAACAGUACAGGAUGGAGUAGUGAGCCACAAUCUUUUCUAUCCUCCGAGCCAUCGUCACCAGCACCAACAUCGACAGGCGAAUGCAGCAUGUCUAUAAGCUUAAUAAGCAACGAAAGUGCUCAACUCUUUAUCGCGCCGAAAUUCUCCCCGACCUCCUGCCUGGAUGUAGACUUUAACGAAUUUUGUAUUCGUCUUGAUCAAGAGAAUCGAGAAAGUCGCGGAAGCGUCUCAUAUACGGAUUAUUACAGCAACGAAGAUGGUCAGAUACGUAAAAUAACACAAAUACCGCAAACGAUACAAUCAAGUGCCAGCGGCGCACAGACGAAGCAGCUCGUAUGUGGCGAUGAUGUUCCCUGCGAUAAUAUCGAUGAAGACGAGGACCACACGUUGACUUUAAAACAGAGCGAGGAACAAAAGAAACAAGACGUUCAAUCGAUAUUCGAGCAGAGAGAUGACAUUAAUCCUUCUGCUACGAAACUAAGCGGCAGCUAUAUAUAUAUCUAUAGUUUCCUGGUGGAGAGCAUGGAUAUAUCGCACGGUGAUGUUCGAAUUAAGGAUACUGACAACGCCAGUACUUCCGACAAAAUGAAACUCUCUACCUCUCAGAAAUCCGACACUAAGAGUACUGGUAAAUCCAUUGCGGAAAAGGCAAAGAAGGAUUCCAAAAAGUGCGGUGGCUCGCACAUCAAUUCUCAGAAGCGAAAGAACUUUUCUCGUUCGCAGAGCGUCACGACGCCAAAGCCAGUUGCACCGAAACCUGAUACGACUUUCAGUUACUCGAGGCAAAGUUCGUUCUCGACGAUGUCGGACGCAGAUCUGGAAAACUGGAAAUUAAGCACGGAUCCGACACAUUCCUUGAAAACGAGCCAGCAAGAGGAACCUUUACUCACUGUAGCCAGUAGUCUCACGGAUAGCUCUAACGUCACCGUGGGCUUUGAUGUUAAAGAAGAAGAAAAGAAAUAGAUAUUCAAACGCAAAUUAAUUUACUUACUUUGAUAUUUUUUCCGACACACACGUGAUAUUAGAUCUAUUCUUAUAACGUAGCGUUUUACACUAGUAGAAUUUUAGAAAGGAUAGUUUCUUAGACGACAAAAGUAUUAAAAUGCAGCAAGUAUUAAUUAAACAGGGCUGAACAGUCAUUUUGAUGUUUCGUAGCAUUAUUCAUUAAGGCUGA